ACAUCGAAGUAAAAAGUGUGUGAAUGUUCAUCUCUUUCUUCCCAUUGCUCACAAUCAUUGAUAUUCCUCAUUUUGAAUUCUUGCAGUAAAUAUACUACUCUACUCUAUUCAUUCUGUCAUUUCCCUCAUUCAAAUUAAAGUAGAAAUCUUCAAUAUCCAUAUAUAAAUCUGUGGAGAGAGAGAGAGAGGGGGGGAGGUGAAGAGAGAGAGAGAGAGAGAGAGAGAGAGAGAGAUUUGGGGGUCUGUGUUCUUUUGAGGGGGAUUGGGGUUUUGAAGAGAGUAGAAACUGUUGGGAGGAAUUGAAUUGAGGAUGACGGAGGUGACCCUCCAUGUAUAUGACGUGACGAAUAGUGGUAGUGAGAAGACUAACAACACUAUUAUGCAGAUCAACAAGAUCUUCAAAGAUGGAAUUGGGCUCGGUGGCAUCUUCCAUAGCGCUGUUCAGGUUUAUGGAGAUGAAGAAUGGUCAUUUGGGUUCUGUGAACAGGGUACUGGGGUGUUUAGCUGUCCUUCAACAAAGAAUCCAAUGUAUACAUACCGUGAAAGUAUUAAACUUGGGAGAACAUCAUUCUCUAUCUACAAGGUCAAUCAGAUACUGAGGGAACUUAGUAGAGAGUGGCCUGGACACUCAUACGAUUUGCUAUCGAAGAAUUGCAAUCAUUUCUGUGAUGAGUUCUGUGAGAGACUUGGCGUGCCAAAACUUCCCGGUUGGGUUAACAGGUUUGCACACGCUGGUGAUGCUGCUGCGGAAAUAGCUGGAAACACAGCAUAUCGAUUGAGGCAAGCUAAAACUGAAAUCAUAUCUGCUAGCAAGGUGGCAUACCGGUUUUUAGCAGGAGUUGCAUCCAACAACUCGGUGGUUGCUCCAGAGUCUCCUGGAAACUCUACGAGAGGAAGUCCUAGGUUCCAGACUACCUGGUUCAAGAACCUAAUUUCGAAUGGUGCUAAACCAUCCAAUAGUUCAGAAACAGAAAAUAAGAACGAUGAGGCAGCACAUCAGCAACAGAGACAAGACGAUGAAGCACCUUUAAGAUUGAAUCCUCAUCGUGAUACCUGAUACUGUAUUUUCACUGCCAACUUUUGCAAUGUAUUUGUUGUGGUCAGGGGCUCAGGGCACCCAAAACCUUUAGCAAUCUCUAUUUGUCUUGGGCCUUGUGGAUUGUUGUAAAAUGAUUAGUUUUAUUCAACUGUGAAUUUGCCCAAAAAUUUGACAUUUGAAAAAUAGAUAUCAACGACGGUAACCUUGAA